AUGGAGUACUCUCGGACCAUCUUUGAGGAAUAUCACAUAGAUGAAGAUGUGGGCUUUGCUCUGCCACUUCCACUGGAGGAGCUACCUCAUCCUUAUGAUGCCUGGAUCUCUAUUGCUAGAAAUCUGCCUGAGCUGAUCAAGAACAACCAACUACGUAUGGAAGUUGAGAAGUUAGCAAUGCUCAGCAUUGAUGGCCUCCGAGGCCACAGGGCACAGCGCCUGGGACACUUGGUUCUGGGAUACAUCACCAUGGCGUACGUGUGGGGUCAAGGCGAUGGAGACAUCCGAAAGGUCUUGCCAAGCAAUAUCGCAGUUCCUUACUGCAAGCUGUCUGAGAAGCUGGGACUGCCUCCUAUUCUGCUUUACGCAGAUUGUGUCUUAGCAAACUGGAAGAAAAAGGACCCCAGUGGGAACAUGGACAUUUUGUUCUCAUUUCCUGGUGGGGACUGCGGCAAAGGCUUCUUUCUGGUUUCUCUGUUGGUGGAAAUAGCAGCUGCCUCUGCAAUCAAAGGCUCUUUGUCACAAGAUGUGCAUUGUUCCCAUAGUAGACUCCGUUUAGUGUACACAGGUGUGAUAGAGGUCAGGAGAGUGUACCUCAUCUUUUUUGUUUGUUUGUUUUUAGAAUAUGUGGACCCAAACCUGUUUUUCAAUGUUCUUCGAAUAUACUUGUCUGGUUGGAAAUGCAACCCCUUGCUGUCAGAAGGUCUGCUGUAUGAAGGCGUCUGGGACACCCCAAAGAAGUUUGCUGGAGGCAGUGCAGCCCAAAGCAGCAUCUUCCAGUGCUUUGAUGUUCUCCUGGGCAUUCAGCACACUGUUGACCCUGCUGCUGAAUUUCUCCAGGAGAUGAGAACCUAUAUGCCACCAGCUCACCAGAGCUUUCUCCUCUCAUUAAAGUCAAGACCCUCGGUCCGUGAGUUUGUUCUUUCAAAAGGCAAUGCUAUGCUGCAGGAAACUUACGAUGAGUGUGUGCAAGCUAUGGUCUCCUUGAGAAACUACCAUUUGAAAAUAGUAGUUAAAUACAUCUUAAUUCCUGCAAGCCGGCAAUCCAAGGCAGAAAGCUCAAUAGAAGAUUUAGAGGCAGAGAGUAGAGGAACUGGAGGCACCAAUCUCAUGGACUUUCUGAAGACUGUAAGAGGUAAAACUGUGAAUUGCCUGUUGAAGGAACAUUAA